AUGGAUUUUCUUGCCCCGCAUAUCGUUGAAAAGCUACUGGAACAUCAGAAUUCUGUUGCUAUCAUCUCUUUAAAUGAUCAUAAUGUUUGUAAGUGGACGUAUGCAGCGUUGUUACGUCGGGCGCUUAUGAUGCGGGAUGAGAUAUUGAGUAAAUUAUCGAAAAACAAUGAGCAACCUCGUGUGGCGCUUCUUGCAGCUCGUAAUGCUUCGUAUUUGAUCAUUCAGUGGGCCAUUUGGCUAGCUGUAGGCAUUGCAGUUCCCUUGCAUCCAGCACAUCCGGCGGAUGAGAUGGACUAUGUUGUUUCAGACUCAGGAACGGCUUUGCUGAUUGUUAGCAAGUCGUUGAUUGCACGAGACACAACGUUGAUGAAAUAUGUGACUGAGCUUUCGAUAAGGAUGCAGGUGGAAGUGAUUGUGUUCUCUGAUGAUGUUGAGAGUGGAGAUGAGGAAAAGCUAUUGGCCGAUCAAGAGAAAGAAGUGAACGAAUGGGUGAAGACGACCGACUUUAACAAGAUGGGAGCGUAUAUGAUAUACACGAGUGGGACUACUGGUCGUCCGAAAGGGGUAGUGACUACACAUAGUGCACUUAUAGCACAGAUCAGCGACUUGGUGACAACGUGGGAGAUGACAAAUGAAGAUCACCUGAUCCACUUUUUGCCGUUGCACCACAUACACGGUAUCUUGAACAAUUUGCUCUGUGUCAUGUACGUAGGUGGAUCUGUAGAGCUUCUUCCAUUUGCAAAGCCGUCGCUUAUUUGGUCCAAGCUUAGUGAGGCUGUGAAUACAAAGCGCCCGGUUUCAAUGCUAAUGGCAGUGCCUACGAUAUACAUGAAGCUCCUUGAAGAGAUGGAAAAACAGCCUUUGAACGACUUGAAGACUCAAAGCGCAUUGGCAGGUGCACGCAGAUUGCGUGUAGCUAUCAGCGGAUCAAUGGCUUGUCCGAUGUCAAUUUUGAACCGUUGGGAGACUUUGACGGGGCAGCGCCUGCUUGAGCGCUACGGUAUGACGGAAUUGGGAAUGGUUCUUACUAACCCACUGCACGGCGAUCGCCACCUUGGAUAUGUAGGAAAUGCUUUGCCUAGUAUAUCCGUUCGCAUUGUGGAUCCUGAUACCGACAUUGUACUACCACAGCACGAGGAGAAGGAGGGCGAACUUUACGUUAAAGGACCAUCCGUUUUUAGCGAAUACUGGAAGAAGCCUGAGGCCACCGCAAAGGUUUUUGAUGCAGGCGGGUGGUUCAAGACGGGUGACAUUGUUCAAUACAACAAUGAGUUCAAAAGUUUUCGCAUCCGUGGACGAGCGAGUGCCGACAUUCUCAAAACCGCAGGCUACAAGGUGUCUGCAUUGGACGUUGAACGCGUGCUGUCGACACAUCCACAAAUCCUCGAGUGUGCUGUCUUUGGGCUACCUGACGAAACAUGGGGUGAAAUUGUGGCAGUUGUAAUUCACUCGAAAAUUGAAGAUGAAAAGGUUAAUCCGGAGUUUUUUUCACCGCCUCUUGUAGAGUUUUCAAAGGAGCACCUUGCAAGCUAUCGUGUGCCGCGCAAGUACUUUUUCGUUCAUGAGAUUCCAAAAAAUGCAAUGGGAAAGGUGAACAAAAAAGCGCUAGCGAAGGCCUACUUGGAAAAGGCUUAG